AUGGAAGCCUUCAGGACCAAGUCUUUUAUAGACAUAUGCAGCAAAGUUAAAGAUCAACUUCAAUCCACAAACCAAGAUAGAGCCUCCCCCUUGUCUCCUUCACGUUCCUACUCACGUCUCUCCGAUUUCUUGCUCGAACCUCCGCAAGAACUCGUAGCCGAGAUGAUCGACAACUCUGAACUCCACUUCCUUCUCAUCGAUUACUUCGACGGCAGCUUUGAAGCAUGCAAGAUAUGCGAGUUCCUUCUGCAGAGAAUCAAUCAAACACGCAUCAACUAUUGUAUCAUUCAAAGGAUCAUCAGCCUGACCGAAACGCUACCAGCUGACUAUAGCAGUUACACUGAUGAUCAGUGUCGAAUUAAGUUCCGUGAACUCGACUCAUUUGCGAAGCUCGACAACCCGCUCUCUCGCUCAAGCCCGGUGCAAUUCCGUCUGAUUCAUGACCGAUAUAGGCUGUUGCUCAAGCGGCUAAGGUCAAAGCGUAGAAAGAUAGUAAGAAGAGAAAAGCUGAUGGGCUUAAGCGAGAAGGCUGCUAGAUUAAGCCUCGUUAUCGCUUGUGCUGCACUUGGCUUUGGAGCCAUAGUCCUUGCUGUGCACACAUUGAUCGGCAUAGCGGCAAUACCAGCUGCUGGGAUGUUGGCUUUCAUGAAGAAGUUAAAGUGUGACUGGCUUGGGCUGAAGAGAAGCAAGCUCGCAAGGCUGGAUGCACAGCUUGAUGCAGCAGCGAGGGGGAUAUUUAUUCUAAAUGGGGACAUGGACACAAUCAGCCGGCUUGUGAAGAGGUUGAAUGACGAGAUAGAGCAUGGAAAGGCGAUAGCUAAAAUGUGUGCGCAGAGCCGGAAUAGGCAGAUAUUGGAGGUGGUUGUAAAUGACUUUGAAACCCACGAGUCUUGUUUCCGGGAGCAGCUAGAGGAACUCGAGGAGCAUGUCUACUUGAGCUUCCUCACUAUCAACAGAGCUAGGAGGCUGGUCAUAGAAGAAAUAGCUCCAGGGUAUAAUGAUUGA